UCACCAGACUCCUCUCCUUCGUCGAUUCCGAUUCCGAUUCCAACACCGCUACCAGCCCCAGGCGCAAUGACAAGUUGGCGCAAUUGGAUGCCGAUAUCAGGGAGAUGAAAUCGAUUCUGUACGGAAUUGAGGAAUCCGAGCCUGUUGCAGAAGCUUGUGCGCAAUUGACUCAGGAGUUCUUCGCCGGUGACACAAUGCGGCUGCUCAUUCGCUGCCUCCCCAAAUUGAACUUCGAGACUCGCAAGGAUGCAACGAGAGUGGUUGCGAAUCUGCAAAGGCAACCGGUUCAUUCACGGUUGAUUGCUUCUGACUACUUGGAAAAGAACAUCGAUCUUUUGGACGUUAUGAUCACUGGGCACGAAGAUCCUUCAGUUGCUCUGCAUUACGGAGGAAUGUUAAGGGACUGCCUAAGACAUCAGGUGGUCGCUAGUUAUGUUUUGAAGUCAGCCCAUAUGAAGAAGUUUUUCGACUACAUUCAACUUCCAAAUUUUGAUGUUGCUUCGGAUGCUGCUGCUACCUUUAAGGAGCUCAUGACACGGCAUAAGUCCACUGUUGCAGAAUUUCUUACAAAAAAUUAUACUUGGUUCUUUUCUGAUUUCAACUCAAAGUUGCUGGAGUCUCCAAACUACAUGACCCGUCGCCAAGCUAUCAAGCUUCUAGGAGACAUGUUGCUUGAUAGAUCUAACUCCGGGGUCAUGGUGCGCUAUGUCAGCUCCAAGUACAACAUGAAAGUUCUCAUGAAUCUCAUGAGGGAAACACACAUGUGCAUACAGAUCGAUGCAUUCCAUGUGUUCAAGCUGUUCGUGGCGAACAAGAACAAGCCUGCUGAUAUCGUCAACAUACUCGCCGCCAACAGAAACAAACUCCUGCGGUUUUUUGAUGGCUUCAACACCGAGAAAGAGGAUGAGAUGUUUGCGGCAGACAAAGCUCAGGUGGUUAAGGAGAUCAGAGAACUUGUGGCGACAGCCCCGGUGGGAUGCUCCGGGGAAUUGUUCAAGCCCAUCGCAGGCCAACUUGAGCAAUCUGUUGGAGCUGUUCAUACAAGAAAGUGCCAAUAAUAAUGUGUUUGUAGACAGUUGAAAGUUGGCAAACUACUUACUCAUACUUCCACAGAAUUUGAUUUUUUUUUCUGUCGAGUAUGAGCUUUUCUGGAGAUUCAGCUUAAGAUUUUGAUUCUUUAAUAGGGAAAAAAAGAAAAAGAAAAAAAAAACUCCUCUGCUAUGUGUGUUUUAGCAGCCUAGCAGGGGUACACAAUUUUGAACCAGUAUUGUUACUUACGAUAUUUACACAGAUGUUUUUUUUUUCUCACUUCGUAAAACACAUGAACUGAUGAACACAAUCCCUUAUUACCCUUUUUCCGAAUUUAAUGAGUACGUAAAAAAUCAAUUCAGAAUUA